AUGACAAGCAUUUAUGUUUUUAACAUUACGCAUCUGGAUUGGAUCAAAUUGGUGGAUGAAUUAACACCAUUGAUGCUACCUGUCGAAGAACAAGAUGAAAACACAGGCCAAGAAGACAUUGAGUGCCAGUCAGAAAAUGAUGACAUUAACUCACCAUUGACAAGUGGAGAUGAAGAAGAUUGUGAUGAAAUUCUGACCAUUGUACCUGAUUUCCCUGAUACUGUCUAUGACAGUGAUGAUGAUAUUGUCAUCUAUAGUCGGAAAGAUUCGUAUAAAGCUGUUGCAUCACAAUUUGCAAAGCAAGCACAUCCACCUACAAGGAUUGGUUCACUUCCUACAUCGCAAUUAUUUCAUGAUUUGAAGUCUCAGGAGGUGUGUAAUUAA